CUUUUCAACUGAUACGAUACCAGACAUACCAGAUACGAUAUUUCAUUUAUACGAUUUCAUUUAUACGACCACAAACUGAUACUUGGAUGAAAAUGUCUUCUGAAUCUGAUUUUAAUUCUGAUUUCAAUGAGAGCGUAGAAAAUGACGUUGCAGGCAAAAGAUUGAAAAAAGCCAAGGCACAAAGGAAGAAAGAGAUUCAGAAACUUAAAAAUUUGCUAGGAAGAACAAUUAAGAAAAAAAAGGAAGAAACUAAAAAGAGAUUAACAGCUUUCAAAGAAGUUUUCAAAGGUGCCAAGGAGAAGGAAACCAGGAACGAGCCAUGGGAUGUUCUAGAGUACCAAAACUACUGGAAUGGUCUAACGGAGAGGGAACAAAAUAACAUGGACAGAGCUAAAUCCCACUUGAUUGAGAGCAUUAAUAGCAAGAUAACCGAAGCAGCAACAAAGUACAAUGCUUCAAUGCUCCUUUUGGCCAGACUUCCUAAUGGAACACAGCACACCAAAUUUAUUUUGGCAAGCGGAGGUGGUAUUGACUACUGCAAAGAGGAAGAUGGUACGCUCACUCAACAUUUAUGGGAACGUCACUGGGACAAGGUUCAAGGAAAAAGGAUCAAACUUUGUCAAAAAGAGGAAGUGUGGCUCUCAAGAAAAAGUAAAAAGAACAAAAUAGGUACAUGA